CACGGAGGCUGACUGUGGUUCUAAAGCGACCAACUGCGACCGCGGCACUUGAAAGUACUACUUGGAACUCAACACGGCACCCAGUGACGCCGAAGUGAGCUGCAUGUUUUUUCAUUGGUGCUGAAAUACCUGUAUAGCAACUUGUUCAUCAAACAAGGAGCGCGUAGCGAGGGCAAAACCAUCUUCUGAACAUGGAUUGGAAGCACAUCAUAAGAGCCACAAGUCCCUUUUCGAGAGUGGCUACGGAUGACUCUCCGCACAUGCGACAAGCGAAUGUGAAUGCUUGUACCGUGCGACCACCUGCAGGCUUCAAAGCGUUACCCUUCGAUACCAUGACGUCUGUCGGUAUGACCUAUCCCGAACGCUUUAAAUCGGGAUCGAUACCAGCCUUGUCCUCACAACCUCGUUUUAGAUCUACUGACUUCAGGGCCGGUCUACUUGGAAGAUCGAAGAACUCUGGAUCUCUACGCUUUGCUACACAUAAUGCGUCCCUUUUCUGCGUAUGA